GUAUCUAGUACCUGCCUCUCCCUCCAUCUCCUACGAUCUCAUCUCUCUUACCUCUCCUUUUUCCGACGGCUUCUUCUUCCUCACCUCACUUCUCCGACGGCUGCAUCUUCCUACCUUUUACUCUCGCAUUUCGUUUUCUCAAUCCCAAAUCCUUGCCCCUUAUCUCUCCUCUUCUCGCUGUUCCUUCUCAAUCUUCGCAACUCAGCUACUACUUCAUUAGUCGCUUCUGUGUACUGUGGCAGCAGAAUAACAAAAUUGAAAGAGGCAAGCUUUUCUUUCACACUUAUGGCAAUUGGAUCUAACAAUAACAGGGUCUACAAUGACUCUACAUUGGAGCAAUAAUUAGCUUAAAGUAUCAUCAGAAGCUACAAUGAAUGAGAUAUGAAGUUGGAUGUUUUUGUCUUCAUCGGGUGUCUUUACCAGCCUCUUCUCUGACACCAAGGCAUUGUAUUAUGCUUGGAGGGUUAACUUCCUUUUACAGCUGGAACAAAAGCCUUUAUUAGCUGCCAUUUUCCUAUUGGAAUGGUAGUUCUUGUCUUACGUUUCGUAUAGUUGCACAAUGGAUGAAAUGACCUCAUUAGCUUGGAUGUCGGAACUAUACCAAAGUAAAGUGGUGCAAUAACUCAAAGCACAAACUGCACUCUUGAACUAAAAGCCAACUGACUUGAUGGGUAAGGAAAACUUAUCGGAAGCUAGCAUCGGAGCUAGUGAGGAAGGUGACUCACCUGGACAGAGUGAUUCUUUAGGUACUCACUCACGCCAUAGUCUUGACAAUGAGGCCGGCUUAUCAACUUGUCGCGUGUGCCAAUGUGCUGAAUCUGACAAAAGGGGAGAUGCAGCGUUAGAGUUUUUGGGUAUCACUCCUCCUAUACAAGAAACAUGUAUAAGCCAUGGGCAAGUAAAGCCCGAUAGCAGGGUAGCCCUUAAAGAUGCUGAAGGUGAUAUGCAUGUCAAGAAAAAUGCUGGAAAAGAAUCUGGGUUUUUGGAGUUUAUAAGCCCUGAUGGAGAGGUUUUCAUUUGUGGUGCUGAUUUAGAGACAGGUUCAUGUCACCAUGAAGACACAUUAGUUGAGCUUGGUUGCUCUUGCAAAAAUGACCUUGCUUUGGUACACUACGCGUGUGCACUCAAAUGGUUUAUCAACCAUGGGUCCACUGUUUGUGAAAUCUGUGGACGUCUUGCAAAAAAUAUCAGAAUUUCAGACUUCAAAAAGGUUAUGAUUUCCUUGAAGGAGUAUGAAAUAUUGAGGGAAAGAACAGCUAGGGGAGAACCGGAUGCCACACAGGUUAACACAAGUACAGGUAUAGAUCCUGAUGCUGUAGCUGCUAUCAGAAGGCAACGACUGAGUGAGAUUUCACUAUGGUUUACCCCGCAUAAUAAUAGUAACAAUAAUAACAGUACAAGUACCAAUUCUGUUUCAAUUUCACAAGCUGUAUCAGAACAACCUCAGAAUACUGUUGUUGCCCCUGCUGAAAAUCCUGCAACCAAGUGGGCUGUGGAAGGUACCGGGAUUCUGCUUGCUACAGGGCUGCUUACUGUUACUCUUGCAUGGCUUAUCGCUCCUCGUGUUGGGAAGAAAACUGCCAAAAGCGGUCUUCAUAUUCUCCUGGGAGGAAUUUGUGCUUUAACAGUAGUGGUUUUCUUCCGCUUUUUUGUGCUCACCAGAAUCAAGUAUGGACCUGCUCGCUACUGGGCAAUAUUAUUCGUCUUUUGGUUUCUUGUCUUUGGUAUUUGGGCUUCACGGACACACAGUUCUCAUACAACAUAAUUUUUAUGUAUAUAGUUUAUGCAUAUUAAUCCAUUAUUUCUUCUUGCAAAGAAACUCUACAGAACUUCGUUUAUAUUUCAGAGAUUAUUUGGUUGGCUGCCAUCGAUGGGAAAGUGUGGGUGAGCUAUGGAUGUAUUAAAUGCACUGUAGGAUGUGAAUAUACUGUGUAUUUUCCCUUUUCAAGAAGAAGAUAUUUGCAAUCA